AUUCAUCCCUACACUUAAAUUGAAAUGACAAGUUGUAUUUCUUUCUUUACUACAAAGGGGCCAUAAUUUGUUACAUUUGAAAGUCAAAUACAUUGCAUGGCAUGCCCCCAGUUUGCUUGACUAAGUAUGUGAUGGCCCACUUCACAAGCAGAAGUACCCGCUCUCCCUGCAGUUCCUAUAAUGACUCAUUCAGAAUACCAAAAUUCUCUAAUCAUAAACAACCCGGAAACAAUAUAUAUAUAUAUAACCAUGCCACCACAUUACAAUCCCAAUUGAGCAGAAACUUUUGAAAUCAAUCAAUACUUCUAAGCUUCGGAAUUAGUUUGAGAAAACAACAAACAUGUCGAACAUGCAGCAAAGCUUCAGUGCAGGCCAAACCCAAGGCCAGACCCAGGCCAAUGUGGAAGAUUGGAUGCAGUCCGGUCAGAACACAGGAAAUGCAGCCAGAGACAGGACGGCCACUGCUGCCCAAUCUGCUGGGGACUCUGCCAAACAAGGAACAGACCAGGCCACUGGUUUUCUCCAGCAGACUGGAGAGCAAGUGAAGAGCAUGGCACAAGGUGCAGUGGAUGCAGUGAAGAACACACUUGGUACUGGUGACAGCAACAACAACAACAGCAGCAGCAACAGGAAAUCAUAAAGGGAUAAUACUGCUUCAAUUAGUGGUUUUCAACUAAGUUAAUUUUGCUGGUUUGAGAUUUCUCUGUUUAGACAUCUCCUAUAAGCAUGAAAUUUAAGAUGUAAUAAGGCCUUCCAUUUCUUUUUGCUUUUCUUUUCUUUGGGAGUGAAAAUAUGUAAUAAAAAAUUGACAAAUAAUGCAAAUGAGAUGGUGCAGCAAGUCUUCUCCCUAUGUAAGAAAUAAUACUCUUACCAUGACCUAGUGGAUCUUUGUAUUGUCUUUCAUUAAUCACCAGUUUUUAAUUC